GGGCUGGCGAGGCAGAGAGGAAGCCAGGCUCCGGCUCUGGGUCAGGGCCUAGGGAGACAGAUUCAUCCCCCCCAUGGAGCACAACAGGAGCGGGUUGUGGGGAAGGGGCUCGUCUUUCAAAGACCUGGAGAAGUCGGUGGUGCUGCCCGUCUUCUCAGCUGCCGCUCAGGUCCGGGUGGGGCUCACCCUGCUGCUGUGUGUGAUCUCGGCCACCUGCAACAUGGCCAUGCUGUGGAGUGGCUGGACCAGGCCAGCAGCCAAGGGCUCCCACGCACGCCUGCUGCUGCUGCACCUGGCAGUGGCGGACCUGCUAGUGGCCUUGGUGGUAAUGCCACUAGACGCUGCCUGGAACAUCACGCUGCAGUGGCAGGCCGGGGAUGUGGCCUGCCGGCUUCUCAUGUUCCUCAAGCUGCUGGCCAUGUAUGCCUCGGCCUUUGUCACCACUCUGAUCAGCUUGGACUGCCAAGCGGCCAUCUUGCAGCCCCUGGCCACUGCCCGGGCUUGGCGCAAGAACCAGAUCUUGCUCUAUGCGGCCUGGCUGAUGAGCGCCAGCCUGUCCACUCCUCAGUUGUUCCUGUUCCACACAGUCACCAUCAGCUCCCCCCAGAACUUCACCCAGUGCACGACGCACGGCUCCUUUGCCCAGCACUGGCACGAGGUGGCUUACAACAUGUUCAGCUUCCUGGGUCUUUUUCUGCUCCCUCUGCUGGUCAUGAGCGCUUGCUACACCCGGGUGCUGCUGGAGAUUUCAAGACACGUCAGCUCCUGCAACAGCUGGUCUGCCCAAGAGAUGCCCCUGCGCCGUUCACGCAAUCCCAUCCCGAGGGCACGUCUCCGCCUGCUGCACCUCAGCCUGGCCAUCGUCGGCUCCUUCGUGCUCUGCUGGACCCCUUACUAUUUGCUGGGCCUGUGGUACUGGUUCUGGCCAGCGGACAUGGAAGGGACAGUGAGCCCCUCACUGGCACACAUCCUCUUCCUCUUUGGUUUGCUAAAUGCCUGCCUGGACCCCAUCACCUACCGCCUCUUUGCUGGGGGCUGGCAGGGCGAGUGCUGCAGGGCAGCCGGGCGAGGGAAACAGCCGCCCUCCCCCGUCACCGGCUCCUUCCAGGGCUCUGUGUCUUCUGCUCGCCUCCAGAGAGAGGGCAGGCUGCUCCUCUCUGACACAGCAGAGGUGGCCCUGGGCCCGGGCUCAAGGGCCCUCCCGAGGGCAUCUGCGUGUCCAACUGGCAGCCCUUCCAGCCAGUUGAGUAGGAAGGCUGCGAGGCCAAGCCUCCUUCAGACCAUGGAGCUGCCGGCUGCCUUGCCUGGGCCAGAGGAGGAAGGGGCUCCGGCAGGGACACCGCUGCAGGCCCCCUGGUCUGGGGAGGAGCCUGUGUGGCCUUGA